CUGACUGUUGGCUGUUGGUGGGAUACGCAGCCAAGCCAUCUCUCCGUCCGAGGGAGACAGAGACUUACAACCUCCCCAGCAAACAAGAGCUCCCUUUCUGCUCCAGAAAUUUUACCAAUUUUUAAAAUUUCCACCUAGUUCACAUUGCGAAAAAAAUUCCAGAACGUCGUACGCGUAAAGAAAUCCGAACGUUGGUUGACAAUCUUGCAAGAAGGUUGAAAGGCAAGAUUCGAGGAGGAGAUUUUGCUACUCAAGAACCGACUGCAUCCCGAACACACAUCCCGAACGUCUUACCCCCAAAUUUUAACAACGACCCGUUGAGAAGCGGAUCGACGCAUUUUAACGGGGCAACUUCCGAGCAGAACGAGACGUUGUCGUUGGACGGAAUGGAGGUUAACCAGAAAGCGGUCAAACGACAGAAGGCGCUCGUCCCCACGAAUGAGAAAGUCGACAAAGGGGAAAGUUCUCAAGAGAAUGGGCGAUUUCCUCCUCACUCCGUCCAAGCACCACGUGACGAUAACCACGUGCACUCGCCGUCAUCCUACAGCAGGUCAUCGAAAGUGGAGAAAUUACCGCAAGUUGGCACUAAGAAAGUCAUGUUAUCCAAAGUCAAGAAAGUUUUUCCAUGCAAAACAUGCCUCCGUUCCUUCACUAACGCAACAAGUGCUCGCCUCCACGCCCGCACCCACCUCAACCCUCACGAGCUGGACCGGUCCUCAUUUUUCCACUCGAGGUGCCCCCACUGCGAGAAAGUGUUCUUCAAACGUCACCACUUUACCGAUCACGUGAACGCACACGAAGGCCGGAAGAACCACGCCUGCCACCUUUGCAACCAGAAAUUUACCCAGAAAGCAACUUUGGCCGCGCAUCUCUUGGUCCACCUGAGUCGCGAGGAGCGCGCGGAGGUGCGGCAGGGCUGGCGGCACGGCUGCUACUUCUGCACCAAACGGUUCAAAAUUCCAUCCCAUCUCAGUUGUCAUUUGGUGACCCACACCAAGGAAAAAGUUGGCGGAAAGUGUAACGUGUGUGGGAAAACUUUCUCCUCCAAAUAUUCCCUCACCAGACAUCGGUUUGCCCAUCGCAGCGAGGACGAGAAAAUUGUAUUCGUGAAGCAGGCGAACCCUGGUCGAGAGUGCUUAUUCUGCCAGAAGAAAUUCCCCGAUAACGCCACUUAUCACCUACACCUUGUCUCCCACACGAAGGAGAAACCCUUUCCCUGCGACCAAUGUGGGAAGCUGUUCGGUCGUAAUGGUGCCUUAAAAUUGCACAAGCGCACUCACAGCGCGGAUCCGCGACCAUUCCAGUGCUCCGACUGCGACCAAGCGUUCACUACGAAACAAAAUCUGGGCACCCACAAGAAGACGGUUCACCGGAAGGUGAAGGACUUCGAGUGCCCCGAGUGCGGCAAGAAGUUCGGCACAAAAGGUAACAUGGUGACACAUUUGAACACUGUUCACGGAAAAAUACGACACCCCUGCCCCCACUGCGGGCACACGUUCGGGCAAAAAGGCAACCAUGGGACGCACUUGAAGAAGGUUCAUCCCCACGGAUAAAGUCCUUCGUUUGUCGACUGACCCCUUGUCAAAUUUCAUGUAAUAUUUCCACACGUUAGAUUUUUAUAUGUUCCCGAUGUCACCAUUUGUGACGAGAUAAUUAUUCUCGUAUGACUGAUAAAAAUGGAAUAAUUGAAUUAGUAAGAUGUAAACACGACCUAAUUUUUGUUAUCGUUUUGACCACGACGAUUUUUAUGGAGUAAAGACAUCUUGUUUUAUGUAAAA